AUGUCGUCCACUCCUUUCAAGGGCUCGCUCAAGGCCAAGCGCAAGGGCGAACUCACCGAGAUCGCGCAGGCGCUCGGCAUCGGCCUCGACCAGUCGCAGAAGAAGGAGGAGCUGGAAGACCUCAUCCGAGAACACCUGCUGAGCCACAAGAACCAGUACUCGUCCGACGACAACUUCCGCGGCCUCAUUGACAGCCUCGACUCGGGCCGCAGGCGAUCCGCGCGCUCCAGCAGCGUCAACGGCAACGCCGACUCGGAUGCGUCGGACUCGCCCGAAUCGUCGGUGCGCUCGCCGCGCAAGCACUCGCAGCGCCCCUCCAACCUGGGCACGCCCUCGACGCCGUUUGGCGCGAGCGCGUCCGAGAUGGCCACGACGGUCAAGCAGCGCGGUCUCAAGGCGCGCAAGUCGCUCGACAAGCUCGUCGACUCGAUCCAGGACUCGGCGCGAUCCACCGCGCACGAGCUCACCUCCGAGGUGCAGGACGCGCAGAGCGAGGUGGCUGCCAGCCUGCAGGCUGUGCAGGGCGAAGCGGCCAAGCGCUACCGCAAGGCCAAGAAUGCGGGCAACAAGCUGUUUGUGCGCACGCGCACGUGGCUGAGCGAUGCGCACAACCUCGUGCGUCUGCUCAUCGCGUUCGAGGGCAUCCUGCUCGUGCUCGCCACGCUGCCCACCACGUACGUCCAGCUGGGCAGCCGCGGUCCGCACAUCCCCGUGGUGAAUCCCAAGAGCGGCAUCAACGACUACCUGCCGCACUGGGCGAUUACGCUGCCGGACGUGCGCGCGCUGGUGAGCGUAGCGUUCUACCGACCGCUGGUGCUGUGGGCGGUGUACAGCGUGCUGGUGCCGCUGGCAGUCGCCCACCUGGUGACGUUUGACCGUCGCUCGCAGCCGUCGACGUACUCGUUCCUGCUGGCGCGUCUGUCGGCGCUGGUGUUCCUGGCGCGCGUGCUGCCCAACAGCACGCUCACCGCACUCGGCCUGCCAGCUCCCGCCGUGCUGGGCGUCGCCGCUGGCGAGGUGCCCGAGUCGGCACUCAUCCGGGGCCUCCGCUCGCUGUUCUCCUACGACUACGUGCUCGCCCACCUCGGCGUGGACCUGCAGAUCUGGGCCACCGCCACCGCGUUCGGAUUCGCCCAGUACGAAGCCAUCGCGAUCCGACCCCGCGCUGCCUGA